CCAACAUGUCCAGCAAAUAUGGUAUAUUCUACAUGCACAAGCUCCUGCCCACCAAAAUGUUCUGUCGAAAAUGGAAAACCUCAAGAUUGCGUCUACAAAUGUAAUGCUCCAGGAUGCGAAUGUCAAGCACCAUUUGCGCUUAAUGAAAAAGGCGAUUGUGUACCACGUGAAGAAUGUUCAUCUACACCAACAUGUCCAGCUAAUAUGGUAUAUUCUACAUGUACAAGCUCCUGCCCACCAAGAUGCUCUAUCGACAAUGGAAAACCUCAAGAUUGCGUCUACAAAUGCAAUGCUCCAGGAUGUGAAUGUUUACCACCAUUUGCUCUUGAUGAUGACAAUAAUUGUGUACCAGUUGAAGAAUGUCUAACAAAUAUUACAAGCACAACAAAUAUAACAUUGCCUAAUAGAAGAGGAUAUAUAUUCCGUUAUAUCAAAAGAACUGUUCAAAAACUCAUUUCUAUUAUAUUUUUAAGAUAA